CCAAGCAGGAAAAUAGCCAAGCUCUUGCAGUCUUGCAGUUCAGGCAUUGCCGGAGUAGAACCCAUCAGUAGAAAAAAAGAAACCAUGUUGGAGUCCUUAGCUGAGGGAGAUCCCUCUGAGCCAGUGGAGCCUUCCAAGAAGAGAACAGGACAGUUGGUCAUGCACAGCAUGAUUAUGUUUGGCCGGGAGUUCUGCUAUGCUGUUGAAGCUGCCUUUGUCACUCCUGUGUUGCUCACUGUGGGACUCCCCAAAAGCCUUUAUAGCUUUGUAUGGCUCAUCAGCCCCAUCCUAGGUUUUCUGCUGCAGCCGGUGGUGGGUUCAGCCAGCGACCACUGCACUUCUGGGUGGGGCAAGCGAAGGCCUUUUAUCUUGACCUUUGGCAUUCUGAUGCUCCUGGGGAUGGCCUUGUACCUCAAUGGAGAUGCAGUCAUCUCAGUUCUGGUUGCUGAUCGAGGCACUUGGAAGAUGUGGGCUAUAAUUAUUACCAUGCUUGGAGUCGUGCUGUUUGAUUUUGCUGCUGAUUUUAUUGAUGGUCCCAUUAAGGCAUAUUUAUUUGACGUCUGCACUCAUCAGGACAAGCAGAAGGGGCUCCAUUUUCAUGCACUUCUGACAGGUCUUGGAGGAGCUCUUGGAUACCUCACAGGGGCCAUUGACUGGGGAACAACCAUUUUGGGGAAAUACUUGGGGUCAGAAUUCCACGUGAUCUUCUUCUUUGCUGCCCUUGUGCUCCUGCUGUGUCUUGCUGUGCAUUUGUGCAGCAUCCCGGAAACGUCUCUGGCCCACAUCAGUGCAGAAUCUAAAGUCCUGGUGAAAACCUCUAAGCCUGACCGAUAUGGUGCCAUAGGGAGUGUCAAGAAUGAACAGUGUAACACGGAAUACAACGAAACACAGAUUUCACCUCGGCAGCAGAAACUCACCAUAAAAGCAGACAUUCAGGUUCAGAGGCAGAUAACCAUUAAGACUCUCCUAAAAGCCCUUCUAAGCAUGCCAUCCCACUACCUCUACCUAUGUUUGAGUCACCUGAUAGGGUGGACAGCUUUCCUUUCCAACAUGCUUUUCUUCACCGAUUUUAUGGGACAGAUUGUGUUUGAUGGUGAUCCUUAUGCCCCUCAUAACUCCACUGCUUAUCUGACCUAUGAAAGGGGUGUAGAGAUUGGAUGUUGGGGACUGUGCAUCAAUGCCAUUUCUUCUUCAGUCUAUUCCUAUUUGCAGAGAGCGCUUCUACCUUACCUAGGAUUAAAAGGACUCUAUUUUGUUGGUUACCUGCUUUUUGGACUAGGCACUGGAUUUAUUGGGCUCUUUCCCAAGGUUCAUCCUACUCUGGCUUUGUGCUCCCUGUUUGGUGUCAUGUCCAGUACAUUGUACACUAUACCAUUCAACCUUGUUGCUAAUUAUCAUGAGGAGGAAUUGGGCCAGGACAAUGACAAAGCGGCAGACCCCAGCCGAGGAAAGGGCAUCGACUGUGCUGCUCUGACCUGCAUGGUCCAACUGGCCCAAAUCAUUGUUGGGGUGGGCAUGGGUCUCCUGGUCAGUGCUGCGGGCAGUGUGGUGGUGGUGGUGGUCUCUGCCUCUGCUAUCGCCCUGCUGGGCUGUUGCUUUGUAGCCUUGUUUGUUCGGUACAUCGACGAAGGCAAGAAAUAGUUGAUUUGUGGGA